AUGGACUAUGAACUAGUACAAAUAUUUCUUUUAAAUUUGUUUCCCGAGGGAGGGAGGUAUAUUCAUGCUUCCAAUCAAUCUGACAGCAUGUCCUUACCCGUCCGGCCAUGGUUUGGGACUGGGAUGUUACUCUGUACGCAGUUUUGCCCUGAUGUGUGGUCGGGGCACCUUGAUUCGCGCAGUAUA